AUGACAGUUCCGUUCGACCCGCCAAAGUUGUUGACAGCGAGACGACACAUUGGGUUCGUCGAUGUUCCAAAUGAUCUUGUUGACAAACCAAUAGAGGUUCCAGCAGCCCUCAACGGGUCCUUGGAAAGAGUGACUUCGGAUAAUAGCACAGUUCCAAGCCCAAUCGCAUUGAAACGGUCGCAAACCAUGACGGGAAGCAUCAUCGUGAUUGAAGACAAUGAAGGUGACAAACCGAAUCAAGCCUUCUGGUUGGCAAGAAAAAUUGAGAAGAACGUGCAUGGCGUCACAAGAGUUGGUUACAAGCUUCGUCGAAACACUCGUGAGGAACUGAAGAACAGCAAUGGAACAUGGGAGUUGGAUAUUGACGAGUCCUGCGUGCAUCCCCUUGUGACGAUAAAAAUUGUACAUACCAAAAUUUUGGACGACAGCAACUCGUCCGAAAACGACAUGAUGAGUUUCUUGCAAAUGAUCGGGAACGAAAACUCGAAAGAUACACAUGUGGAUGGAACCAGCAUUGUGGCGACCUGCGCGGAUCAUAUAUACAUUGUUCUGCCGUAUCAUCGAGAUGGAUGUUUGGGUGCUUAUUGUCGUUUGCACGGUAAUCUUGAUGAGCCGGUGGCCAGAUUCUUGUUUUGUCAAGUUUUGCAGGGUAUGAAAACGCUGCAGAAUCACGGACUAUGCCAUCGUGACUUAUCACUUGAUGCAGUUUCUUUGGAUGGGGACCAUGUGAGCAUCACUGAAUCUAGAUUUCCUGUUCGCUGCAAAACGGCAGCCAGCGGCGAUAGUCGUCAAACUCCGCCAACACCAGCAGGAUCGCGAGUACAAUACAUCGCGCCAGAAUAUUUUCGGGGAGAUGAAGGUGCCUGGAAUGGAUAUGCUGCGGAUCUAUGGGCAUGUGGGCUGAUUCUGUAUAGCAUGGUCAUCGGGGCCGAUGCUCUCUUCUUGGCGCCAGUGGACGAUGACCGCACCUUUGUCAAACUCUGUUUGAAAGGACAAAUCCGGUCACUUGCAUCAACAUACGGCGAACUGAUUGGGGAAACAAUUGAGCUAAGUGACGAUUUGGUGGAUCUACUACAGAAGAUGCUAAAAGUGGACCCAAAGGACAGACUAUCACUCUCCAACAUUGUGGAGCACCCUUGGGUGGCGAAUGGGGAAUUCAUGACACCAAGCGAAUGGGAGGCUGAAAAGAAGGAAGAGAAGAGUCAUAAUUGA